AUGCGUUUCGCUGCUUUUCUCUCUCUGGGCCUCGGCGCCAAUAUCGCAAUCGCAAGUGUAUGCAAGCCUCGAAGUCGAACAUUGAGUGACUCCAGCAGUGUAUCUACCGAGCCUGUGUCUGCAUCCUCAACGGAAUCCGAUGCUGUCUCUACUACAAGUACAAAUAUCGUGACAACGACUACAACCUCUGUCAAAUUGUCUAUCAGUGCCACAUCUACAGACGACGGUAAAACUUCUACCAAGGCGACAGAGUCAGGAAGCGCUAGCGUUGAGCUCUCAGCUUCCACUGCUACAGAGACCACUACAGCUGCAAUCUCUACUACAACUGCCGAGACUCCUGCAACCGCUGAGACCACGACAUCUGCUGAAGCAUCCACGACGUACAUGACUACCACCACUGAAGACACAUUUGUGCCAAUUCCCACCUUCGAUCUCAGGGCUCUCGGCUCAGCAGUCGACGGCCAAUGGCUGCGAGGAGAUCCAGUUCAAUAUGCUUACAUCGGAUGGUACACGCCGUCUCCCCCAAUUCUGACUUUCUCCAUCGAAGCCGGCACCAACUAUGUACGAGAGAUAAACACCGGGAAAUACUUGUGUGUUUCAUUCGGGGGCGAUGGUUUCCCUCCCGCCAAUAUGCUCUGCGACCCUAUUAACCCCCCGGCUGGAUUAGUACCCCUCACAUGUGAACAAACUCGCGAUCGAAAGCUCAAGUGCUCUGCACCAGCUGGUGAAUGCCACAUGGACGAGAUGUCAGGUGAUUCCGUUUGCUAUUCGAUUCCUGGUACCUGGGAUAAGUUCUAUAUGAUACCUGAUAGGCUAGUCAACUCUCCUGCUCUUGUCAUGGCAUCGGAUAGCAAUCCUCCCACGAUUGGCGGUUUGGAAGCCAUCGAGCUUCAACUCUUUCCCCAUGCGGAUUAG